GUGGUUACCCAGGCAAAUAAUUACGUCAAUGAAAGACGUUUUGCUAUGUAUUCGCGAAUUUGGGUUUUCCUAUUAAUAUGGAAGAUAAAUUGUCGAACAUUUACUCACAAAAUGUAUCUUACCAAGAACUAUGGAUUAUUGCUCCUGUUUACAUUAUUAAUCACAUUCAUGGCACUUCAAUUAAAUCAUCCGAUGUGGUUUAGACACUUUCGUAGCGACGCUACUUUGAGUAGACAUUGUGUGCCUGCUGUGGUUCAACACGACAUGUUAAAGUUGGCCUACGAUGUUCAUUUGAUACAAAACUUGAAUGUUACGCAUUUUCUUCUAUACGGAUCGUUAUGGGGUGCGUUGCGCAUUAAUAAACCACUACCUUGGGAUAACGACGUUGAUUUAGGAAUGAUUGCAGAUGGGAGAUUCGUACAACUGGCAGAGAACGAAUUUCUCAAGAUGUUUCAAGAGAAAGGUAUUAAAGUUACGAACAAUAUGCGACAGAAGUCAAGUUUUAAAUUCGAUCGAGAUAAUGGGGCUGUAGAUUUAAUGAUAUACUAUGAUUAUGGCGAGUGGAUGAAAAGACAAGGAUGGGAAUCAUGGCUGCUCACCAUACAUUACAAUCUACAUCAUACCUUUCCAAAAAAAUUGAUAGAAGAUAAGCCAUUGCCGCAAACAAAGUUUGGAUGGUUUAUGAUGCCAAUACCAAGGCAUGGUAUCGAAAUUAUGAAGCAUAUGUAUCGGUAUGACUGGUGGAUUACACCCAAACAAGAAUCCUGCUAACUGGUUUCUAAGACAUCGUCAUCAUCCACGGUCGUUGAUCUUUCAAGCGUCAAACGUGUGCGUUCCGCGCAUAAAUUCUUAAACUUAUUUAUCCCUUGAACAGUUUUGAUCUCAAAUCAAAAACUGAGAUGGUAGCAGUAUCACUGAGUAUAGUUCUACCUUUACUUUGUAAAUAGGUGACAUUAACGUAACGCAAACAUCCCUUAUCGAAGGUAACGACGAGAGAUUUUUUGCUCACGUUAUUACAAUUCUGACGCAACAAUUAAAUUGAAAGUUUUAGUUUGUCAUUUGUAGUGUUGGCAUUGGCAGUGCAUCUGUUUAUUGUCAAAUAUGUAACACAAAAUGUAAAUAUGUCAACAGCAAAAGUAACUGACUAAUAUAAGUAUGCUAUAUGCUUUGAUAUUGGGCAAAAAAUAACGUUAAAUACAUGGUUCUACCAUUCAGGUAAGAUGUA